AUGCUGGCCGUGCUUCUGAAGAACUCCAGGCGCCACAGCACGACAGCUGCCCACAUCUCCAGGAACACAGGGAGCGGCGAGAGAGUCGGUGUAAGGCACACGGCACCGCUGCCCCGCGCCGACCCGGCGGCCGCGCACCGCCGAGCCCCGCCGCCCGCAGGGGAGGGCCGCAGCGCGGCGCUGGGCGCGGCGCAGCCCCGGAGGUGCGGACCCGGCGCGGCCAGGCCCCGCGGCGCGCCCCCGGCCCGCAGCACUCACCUCGCCUCGGCUGCGCCGAGAGAGAAGGAAGGCGGGAGGCAGCCGCCCCGCGCUCGGGGCACAGCAGCGGCAGAGCCCGCCCCGUCGCCCGCACAGGUGCCCCGCUCCGCAGCGGCGCAAGCACGCAACCGCCUCCCCGCGCCGCCGCCUGCCGCUGCGGUGCCGACGGCGGCAGCUCCCGCCGCGCCCCCGCCGCUCACCGGCACCUGCCCGGGCGCCGGCGGCCAAUCGGCGAGCGGGGGCCGGCCGCGGGGCGGGCCGGGCCGGGCGGAGGCGGGGGCCUGGAGGGUCGGGGGGCUGCUGGCCGCCGCCCGCCUCACGCCCGUCUGGGGGUCGGCGCCCGGCCCUUCGUUUCGGUGCGGGGAGCCGUGGCAGCGUGAGGACGAGGAGCGUCUGUCCCGGUGUCGGUCACGGCCGCAGGAUGUAGGCCACAAGUGCCGUGUACGAAAUGGAGUUGGGACGAGCUCAGAAAGUCGCGCAGCGCCAGGGAGGGUUAAUGUGCUGCAUCACUGUCGGCGGCUGUUCCAGUCACCACAGAACAGAAUCACAGAACGGAAUCGCCGUGCCUUUAUAUGUCUAAAUGUUUUAGUUGCUUGGUGCUCAUUCCUAAAAAUGUGCUUGGUGUGCAACCCCUUCACCUCUGGUUGUCCCCUACUACAGGUUCCCUCCAGCUCCACAUGCCCAUGGGCAAGCAGUGAUUCUGGCCGUGCUACGAUCUCUCAAACCGUGUUAUCUGUCACAAACGUGCCUUCAAGGUGAUUGCAUGCUGUGCUGCAUCCGAAGAGGGGUGGCCAGCAGGGCGAGGGAGAAGAUCGUCCCCUUCUGCUUUGUCCUCAUGAGGCCCCAUCUGGAGUACUGCAUCCAGGUCUGGAGCCCCCAGCACAGGCAGGAUGCAGAGAUGCUGCAAAGGGACCAGAGGAGGGCCAUAAAGACAUUCAGAAGGCUGGAGAACCUCUCCUAGGAAGAAAGAGUGAGGGAACUGUGCUUGUUUAGCUUAGAGAAGGCUCCAGGCAUACAACAUUACGGCCUUCCAGUACUUGAAGGGAAGUCAUAAUCAGGAGGGAGACUGACUUUUUGUGUGGUCCGAUAGUGAUAGGACAAGGGGGAAUGGCUAUAAACUUAAAGAAAAGAUUUAGGUUAGAUAUUAGGAGAAAAUCCUUUAUUCAGUGGGCAGUGAGGCCCUGGCACAGCUACCCAGAGAAGCUGUGGUGCCCCAUCCCUGGAGGUUCUCAAGGCCAGGUUGGAUGGAGCUGUGGGCAGCCUGAUCCGGUGAAUGGCAGCCCUGCCCAUGGCAGGGGGUUGGAAAUGGAUGGUCUUUAAGGUCCCUUCCAACUAAGCCAUUAUGUGGUUCUAUGAUUCUAUGAAUAUUGGUGGCUUGCGCACAACGAAAAUGCUCCUUUGCCAGAGGAAGCAGAUAGGAGCUGCCUAGCGGUACUGCUCCGUAUGCCUCUGUGGGUGCUGCACACAGCCACGUGCAGAGGUGUCUCCUGCUGAAAGUGAGGCCAGGUGGUGUGCGCUGAGCGGAAUCAUUGCCAUAUGGAUUCAGUGCACUGGAUAGCGAUAAUGGAGGUGUGGCGUGGUCAUUCAUUCCAGCCAUCAGUGAGUCACUGCUGUAACGUGAAACUGCUUUUUAUCCACCUUGUAUCACUGCAGCCUGUACUGUUUUGGACUAAUUACUUUUCCCCUGGUGUUAUUUUUCAUCCCUGUUUUUCAUGCUUGUUUAACUUCAUUUUAAAAUAGCUGCAGCUGUUCACUGCAAGGUACCUUUUUAUUUGAUCUCAGUUGAAGUGCUCUGUCAAGACAGAUGUAUUCAAUAAAUCUUGGCAGAUUUUCAAGGAAAAUAUUGUCUAGGAGAAUAUUUUUGUUUACGUUACUGUCAUGGUAUUACAAAUAAACUGGUUUAUCAAACAUUUAGUUCUCUGCUAACCUACACGUGUCUAUGUUGGUGAAACGGGUGCCACUCCUCAAGACAAACACAACUCAGCAAGGCAAACGACACCUAUUUCAAAAGCAUUUGUAAAACGACUUACGUUUUCUGCAUCAGCUAUUAUUUUCUAUUUCCCAAAACCAUACACAUAAGUAUGUAUUUGGGUAUUUCCCAAGCAGACAAAAACUUGUUACUUCUUUAAGUAAAAGCAAGAAAGGGGACCAAUCAUCUUCAGAAGCAAUGUUUUUCAUGAACAACAUGACAUGGCAACAAAUCAGGAACUGACUAAAUCUAAAGGUCACUGGUGGCCUGGUUUGGAAUAGCAAUCAAUAACACACACUGAGCAUUUCUGAAUAAUUGAAAAAAUACCUGGGCAGAAAUCCAUCUCCAAUCUCAUAUUUCUAAGCUGGAUCACUGAAAUAACAAUAUGGUUUAGAAUCAGCCAUCAAUAUCAAUUAUAUAUAAUGCUUAUGAUUAUACACCUUCUAGAUCAAACAGAGGAAACUGUU